UACUAGUUAUCCAAACUUGAGCGUCCCGCUUUGGUUGUCCUUGUGCUCGGCUACGCGUCGGUGCAAACUUACCGGGGAACGUAGCGCGAAAACGCCCCCAGUGACGUCAUAGACAAGGUCACAGACGUCUGGUUGGGCGUCAGUAGUUCGGGAUUUGUUGUAGAGUAAAGACGUGCGCCUGCUGUAUAUUUCCGUUUCGUGUUCCCGCAAACCGAAAGUGUUUUAAAUUCUAUUUUCUCUCUAGAGUACGAUGCAUUGUAUGUGAGGCUGAAAGCCGCAUCUGUUGAUGGGGCUAGUUUGUGUUUAGUAGUAGUGUUAGUGUACGUGUUAUGCAGUUCGUGUGUAAUAGUGAUUUUUUUGCUGAACUGCGUUCCACUUGUGAAGACCUGCAAUGAUGGGGUCGAUCGCUGCUCGCGUUGCUGCCUCGGACGAAACAUGGCGGAUGGGUGUUGGAUAUCCACGUCGUGUUAAGGCGGUUGGAGGUAUUGAAGGAGUGUUUAUAAAGACCGUUUAUAAAUAUUUAGGAAAAGUUGCAAAUGUGGACUAUAAACGGAGAGAUAUAUUGGGAUUCGUAACAAAGGAGUCUCUCUACAACGAAACCGAAGACUUGGAUUGUGUAUAUCAGAAUAACAAAGGAAGAAGAUGGUAA